UGUCGUUUCCCUCCAAAAGUAACCCCUCAAGGCCACAACACAGCAGGUUUGUUGGACUUGUAUCCUUUUUCAGUUCCUGUCAACACAAAGCAGGCAAACCCGCACCAUCUGAUCUGAUCUGAUCUGAUGCGUGUUACUAUGUUUGUAUUAUUGCUACCUUGUGACUCUAGGAAGAUGAACUAACAUGGGAUGGUCGUGUUGUUUGUACAUACAUGCUGAAUUUGUUGUCAAAAUAAAUUAAGUUUACUGAUGUCGCCUAAUUCACACCUGCCCGGAGUGAGGUGGAGUUUGAGAAGGCUCAACAGGUCUUCCCCUAAAGAAGCAGGACAUUUAUCACAAACAAGGAGCGUUUGUAGGAGUUCAAAACAAGCAUUAUUGAUGUGCAACAAUUUAUUUUCAGAAGAAUAGUAUUUCCUGUGCUACCUUCGUCAGGGAAACAAGCUUGACACUUCAGAAUUGAAAUUCUGAAUUGGUCGAAAUUGGUCAGAUGACAGGAGCUGAAUUUUCUUCAAGCAUCCAUAUAUAUAGCCAUGGACCAUUUCAGGAGAAAAUAUGGAUGAUCUCAUAAAGCAUAUCAGAUCAGCAGCUAACUGAAUAGGUCCUUGCUGGCUGUUUGAUUGAUCGCUCCCUAGAGAUGUUGGCUGCUCAAUACUUUCAGUUAUUCCUGUCGGGUUAUUCUAGCUGAUUUGCAUGCUAUUAUUAUACCAGGCCAAUGAGAUCGAUCGAUCGAUCUAGUAUGGCAGCAUAUAUAUAUAUAUACUUGAUCAUCAGUAGGGCCAACAAUUUGUAGGAGGAAAUAAUAACAAGAUCGAGAUCAUCAGCAUGCUCUUGAAGAGAGGAGCGAUGGAAAGUAGUCGUAGUGGCAGCGAUCAUGAUCCGGUGCUCCCGCCGGGGUACCGUUUGUACCCGACGGAGGAGGAGCUGCUGGGCUUCUACCUCCGCCACCGCCUCGCCGGCACCAGGCCCCAGGUCGAGCACUUCAUCCCCGUCGUCGACAUCUACAGCCACCAUCCCUCCGAGCUCCGGGCGAUGGCCGGGGCCGCGAACGUGGGCGACAAGGAGCAGUGGUUCUUCUUCUGCCCGCGCGCGGAGCGGGAGCUGAACGGCAGCCGGCCCGCGCGCACCACGCCGUCGGGGUACUGGAAGGCCACGGGGUCGCCGUCCUACGUCUACUCCGCGCCGCCGGCCAGCCGCGUCAUCGGGGAGAAGCGGACCAUGGUCUUCUACGAGGGCCGCGCGCCCACGGGCACCAAGACCCGCUGGAAGAUGAACGAGUACAAGGCCGUUGCGCAUCGGCGGCGGCGGGGGCACCCGUCAGGGUACGUAUACGUGCCGCAUGUAUGCGAUUAAUUUCUUGGUUAAUAUAAUUUGGUUGUGCAUU